CGGGCGGGGCGGGAGGCCGCGGGGACCCGCACUGCAGCAGCCGCGGUCCGCAUGGGGCUCCCGGUCCCCGCCGCGCCGCUCCGGCGGCCACACGGCCCGCGGGGAGGAGGGCCCCGCGUCCCCCUCUAGGUCCCCAGGGACCGAGCCGGGAGAUCCCCGCUCCUGCCCUCCCCUCGCCUCCCCCGCGCUCGCCCGGCCCGGGAGGAGGAAACGCGAGCCGCGCGCAGACACCACCUCCGCCUCCUCCUCCUCCUCCUCCUCCUCCUCCUCCUCCUCCUCCUGCUCAGCCGCCGCCGCCGAGCCUGUUGCUGCUGCCGCCGCCAGACCCGCGGGAUCCCCGGCCCGGGGAAGAGGCGGGAGCCGAGCCCAAGGCCCCCUCCCAGCCCUUGCGGCUGGAAGCAAGCUGCCAGGGGGGCGCGAUGGACGCCCCGCCCGCCCGGGCCGCCCCCCAGCGGCCCCCCAGCACCUGAGCGCCCCGCGCCCGCAGCACAGGCUUCUGCACCAGGAGCAGGCCAAUUAGGUUGCUGGGUCUGCCUUCAAGAAGCGUGGGAACGUGUCGCUGAGUUUCCAGACCUUUCCCAAGAUGGAACCAAUCACAUUCACGGCGAGGAAGCACCCGUUCCCUAAUGAGGCCUGGGUGGCCUUCAGCCUCCAGCUGGUGGGCUCCUUGCCUGUGCAUUCCCUGACCACCAUGCCCAUGCUGCCCUGGGUCGUGGCAGAGGUGCGCCGGCUCAGCGGGCAGUCCUCCAAAAGGGAACCCGGUACCAAGCAAGUCCGGCUUUGUGUCUCGCCCUCCGGACUGAGGUGUGAACCCGAGCCAGAGAAAACGCAGCAGUGGGACCCGCUGAUCUGUUCCAGCAUCUUCGAGUGUAAGCCUCAGCACGCUCACAAACUGAUCCACAACAGCCACGACCCCAGCUACUUCGCCUGUCUGAUUAAGGACGAUGCGGCCAGUAGGCGGAGUAUCUGCUACGUGUUCAAAGCUGAUGACCAAACAAAAGUGCCCGAGAUCAUCAGCUCCAUCCGCCACGCCGGGAGGCUCGCCCGCCAGGAGGAGCUGCACUGCCCCUCGGAGUUCGACGACACGUUCUCCAAGAAGUUCGAGGUGCUCUUCUGCGGCCGCGUGACCGUGGCGCACAAGAAGGCACCGCCGGCGCUCAUCGACGAGUGCAUCGAGAAGUUCAACCACAUCAGCUGCAGCCGGAGGGCCGAGCUGGACCUGGCGGCCCAGGACCCCGCGGCCAGCGGCCCCGCGGCCACGCUCUCCUUCACGGACCGGUUCCGGGCGGCGCUGCAGCCCGCGGGGCCCCCGGAGCAGGGCCGCCGGCCGAUGCGCAAGUCCUCCUCGCAGCCCGGCCUGCGCUCCACCGCCUGCAGGAGGGAGUUCCAGGACGGGGGCCUGCGCAGCCACAGCUUCUUCAGCUCCUUCGAUGAGAGCGACAUCGAGAACCACCUCAUCGGUGGACACAAUAUUGUGCAGCCAACGGACAUCGAGGAGAAUCGAACUAUGCUUUUCACGAUUGGUCAAUCGGAAGUUUACCUCAUCAGUCCUGACACCAAAAAAAUAGCAUUGGAGAAAAAUUUUAAGGAGAUAUCCUUCUGCUCUCAGGGCAUCAGACACGUGGACCACUUCGGGUUCAUCUGCCGGGAGGCCUCGGGAGGCGGCGGCUUCCACUUCGUCUGUUACGUGUUCCAGUGCACAAACGAGGCUCUGGUGGAUGAAAUCAUGAUGACGCUGAAACAGGCGUUCACGGUGGCUGCUGUGCAGCAGACCAGAGCGCCGGCCCAGCUGUGCGAGGGCUGCCCCCUGCAGUGCCUGCACAAGCUCUGCGAGCGCAUCGAGGGAAUGAAUUCUUCUAAAACCAAACUAGAACUCCAGAAGCACCUGACAACGUUAACUAAUCAGGAGCAAGCAAUGAUCUUUGAGGAGGUGCAGAAAUUGAGACCGAGAAAUGAGCAGCGAGAGAAUGAAAUGGUUAUUUCUUUCCUGAGAUGUUUAUAUGAAGAGAAGCAAAAAGUUCACACCCAUAUUGGGGAGAUAAAGCAGACGACACAGAUUGCAGCAGAGAAUAUUGGAAGUGAGUUACCAUCCACUGCCACUCGGUUUAAGCUGGACGUGCUGAGAAACAAAGCAAAAAGGUCUUUAGCGGAGUCUCUGGAAAGUAUUUUGUCCCGGGGUAAUAAAGCCAGAGGUCUUCCGGAACAUUCUGCCAGCCUGGAUCUGGACUGCUCCAUGUCUAGCACGUUAAAUAACACCAACAAAAUUUCCCGGGAUCCGUCUGAUCUGUCUGUCUGUCUGUCUGUCUGCCGCCAGGAGCCCUCCGUGUGUGACAAGGAGGCCUUGCCCGCGUCCGAGAGCAGAACCAGGCUCCUGGGCUCCUCGGACGACCCGCCGUCCGGGGCCGUGGAGAGCCGCCCCGCGGAGGAGCCUGCCCUGCUCUCCCCGCAGCUGGGCCAGCGGAGGCGGGCGAACACGCUGAGCCACUUCCCCGUGGAGAGCCCGGAGCCCCCGGAGCCCGCCCAGGACUCCCCGGGGGGCUCGCAGAGGAAGCUUAUGAGGUACCACUCCGUGAGCACAGAGACGCCUCACGAACGAAAUGGGAACCAUCCACCUGUUGACGAGUCUAAAAGUUGCUCAGGUCCUUCAGUUCCUGCUCCUCCACCUCGUCUUAACCCCUCCGCCUCCUCACCAAAUUUUUUUAAGCACCUAAAACAUAGCCCGAGCGGAGAACCAGGCGGGAGUGCCGUGCCCAAGAGCACCUCCUACCGCAGUGCCCUGCGGAGAAAACUCCACUCUUCUUCCUCUGUGCCAAAUUUCCUAAAAUUUCUGGCUCCUGUAGAUGAAAAUAACACCUCUGACUUUAUGAGCACAAAAAGGGACUUUGACUCCAAAGCCCACCACCUGGGCGACCCCAGUGGGACCCCCGUGAAGACGCGGAGACACUCGUGGAGGCAGCAGAUAUUCCUCCGCGUGGCGACCCCGCAGAAGGCGAGCGACUCGCCCAGCAGAUACGAAGAUUAUUCCGAGCUGGGAGAGCUCCCGCCGCGGUCUCCGUUAGAGCCGGUGUGUGAGGAUGGACCCUUUGGCCCGGUCCCAGAGGAGAAGAGAAGGACGUCUCGCGAGCUCCGAGAACUGUGGCGCAAGGCGAUUCUGCAGCAGAUCCUCCUCCUCCGGAUGGAGAAGGAGAACCAGAAGCUCCAAGCUUCCAAAAACGACCUGCUGAACAAGCGCCUGAAGCUCGACUACGAAGAGAUCACGCCUUGCCUGAAGGAAGUGACGGCGGUGUGGGAAAAGAUGCUGAGCACGCCGGGAAGGUCCAAAAUCAAGUUCGACAUGGAGAAAAUGCACGCUGCUGUUGGGCAAGGUGUGCCACGCCAUCACCGCGGCGAGAUCUGGAAGUUCCUGGCGGAGCAGUACCACCUGAAGCACCAGCUGCCCCCGAAGCAGCAGCCCAGGGACACGCCGUACAAGGAGCUCCUCAAGCAGCUCACCUCCCAGCAGCACGCCAUCCUCAUUGACCUCGGCCGAACCUUCCCGACGCACCCAUACUUCUCCGCCCAGCUGGGCGCGGGGCAGCUGUCGCUGUACAACAUCCUGAAGGCCUACUCGCUCCUGGACCAGGAGGUGGGGUACUGCCAAGGCCUCAGCUUCGUGGCCGGCAUCCUGCUGCUGCACAUGGGCGAGGAGGAGGCGUUCCACAUGCUCAAGUUCCUGAUGUUUGACCGGGGGCUGCGGAAGCAGUAUCGGCCCGACAUGAUUAUUCUACAGAUCCAGAUGUACCAGCUCUCGCGGCUCCUGCACGACUACCACAGGGACCUCUACAGCCACCUGGAGGAGCAGGAGAUCGGCCCCAGCCUCUACGCCGCGCCCUGGUUCCUCACCGUGUUCGCCUCCCAGUUCCCCCUGGGGUUUGUGGCCAGAGUCUUCGAUAUGAUCUUUCUUCAGGGAACAGAGGUCAUCUUUAAAGUGGCUUUAAGUCUGUUGGGGAGCCACAAGCCCUUGAUCCUGCAGCAUGAGAACCUCGAGACCAUAGUUGACUUCAUAAAAAACACACUACCCAACCUGGGCCUGGUGCAAAUGGAGAAGACCAUCAAUCAGGUAUUUGAGAUGGACAUUUCUAAACAGUUACAAGCGUAUGAAGUGGAGUACCAUGUGCUUCAAGAAGAACUUAUUGAUUCCUCUCCUCUCAGCGACAACCAAAGAAUGGACAAAUUGGAGAAAACCAACAGCAGCUUGCGCAAACAGAACCUUGACCUCCUGGAGCAGCUGCAGGUGGCAAAUGGUAGGAUCCAGAGCCUGGAAGCCACCAUCGAGAAGCUCCUGGCCAACGAAAGCAAGCUGAAGCAGGCCGCCCUGGCCUUGGAGCUGGAGCGGUCCGCACUGCUGCAGACGGUGGAGGAGCUCCAGCGGCGGACCGCAGAGCUGAGGGCACCCCCGCCUGACCUCACGCAGCCCUAGCCCACGGGCGACUGACAGCAUCUCACCAGGGCACGGCCCGAGGGGACGCGGGACGCCAUCCGACACUGUCCAGGCCUUAACCGAGAGAGACAGAAGCUGCUGGAGGGAGAGCGUGAAGCGCAGAGCAUGCUUCUCAGGGAGGAGACGGGCUCGCCAGCACGCGGAGUCCUCUGGAUUGAAACCUGCGGAUCAGGGGGAUGCGUGUCCCCGAGUUUUUGUUGUUGUUUAGGUUCCGGUGGGUUCUGAUGACUGUAAUCAGUAGAUUUAGACGGCAUGGACAUGAAUAAAUGCACUUUUAUGUUCUUUUUUCAGUA